AACGAGAGGCGUCAUGCGACAGUCAUGUGACCUCAUCACAAGGUCAUCACCCGGUCAAACAAGAUGGCGCCUCUUCGGUAUCUAUCAGGAUUUGGCAGUGAGUUUGCAUCAGAAGAUCCCAGAUGUCCAGGAUCUCUGCCUAAAGGACAGAACACUCCCCAGAAGUGUCCCUAUGGGCUGUAUGCAGAGCAGCUGUCUGGUUCAGCCUUCACCGCUCCCCGCACUCACAACAGACGCACGUGGCUGUACCGUAUCCUGCCUAGUGCUGUCCACACCCCCUUCAGUCCAAUGGAACAGCCCUACUUGACACAUAACUGGAAGUCGUCUGACCCAAACCCCAAUCAGAUGAGAUGGCAUCCCUUCUCCAUUCCCCAUAUCAACAAAGAAAAGGUGGACUGGGUUCAGGGUCUACACACAAUCUGCGGAGCGGGGGACCCCUGUGCACGACAUGGCAUAUCCGUGUACGCGUACAUGUGUAACACCUCCAUGGUGGACACCUGCAUGUACACUGCUGACGGGGACUUCCUCAUCGUGCCAGAAAAGGGAACACUACACAUCACCACAGAGUUUGGCAAGAUGGAUGUAUUCAACAACGAAAUCUGUGUCAUACAGCAAGGCAUGCGGUUCUCUGUGGAAGUAGAUGGGGAAAGUCGUGGUUACGUGCUGGAAGUCUUUGAUGGACACUUUGAACUUCCUUGUCUUGGCCCAAUAGGAGCCAACGGCCUGGCUAACCCGCGUGACUUCUUGACUCCGGUGGCGUGGUACGAGGACAGGAGGGUUCCCCACGGGGGGUACACCGUCAUCAGCAAGUAUCAGGGCAAACUGUUCCAGGCACACCAGGACCAGUCCCCCUUCAACGUGGUUGCAUGGCACGGGAACUACGUACCAUACAAGUACAACCUGGAGAACUUUGUCGUCGUCAAUUCUGUGUCGUUUGACCACAUGGAUCCUUCCAUCUUCACAGUGCUGACCUGUCAGUCCGUCAAACCGGGCGUGGCCAUCGCCGACUUUGUCAUCUUCCCUCCUCGCUGGUCGGUGCAGACCAACACUUUCCGCCCACCAUACUACCACAGAAACUGCAUGAGUGAGUUUAUGGGGCUCAUCAAGGGGUCGUACGAGGCCAAAGAGGAGGGUUUCCGCCCGGGCGGGGCCACCCUACACAGCAUGAUGACCCCCCAUGGACCGGACGCCGUGUGUUUCGAGGGGGCAUCGAACGCUGAACUCAAACCACAGAGGAUCGCAGAGGGCACCAUGGCGUUUAUGUUUGAAUCGUCCCUGAGCAUGGCCCUGACAGAGUGGGGACAGAAGACCUGUGAGUGUGUGGAUGCUGAGUACUACAAGUGCUGGCUGCCUCUCAAGUCACACUUCAACCCUGACUGGAAGCCAGAGUAAGCCAUUAAGUACACUAACACAGGGAUCUAAUGCACUGCACCACUGAUAGAGUGUGCUUCUAAGUGACAUCAUUGCCAUGUCUGCUGCCAUGUAGGUGUCCCUAUUGUACUACUGUUUACUACCCUACUGUGUACACCUGAGCUGUGGUCUAUUGAAAUGGAAUUUGGGACACCAACAUGGCAGUCUCCACCUGCCUGGUUCACUGAUAUGGAAGGUUUGUGACAAUGCUCUGCAGGACAUUUGCGCUCACAUGGCUGUGGCAUAAGCACUGUCGGCUGUUGGAUAGUUUUGCAUCAUUGAGAAUGGCAGCUGUGAUGUCACCUGCAAACACAAUUAUAUUGUUUGAAACAGCAUGUUUCAUUUUUGUCUUCUAUAAUUCUUUUGAUGUAUUUUGCUUCUAUUGUCCAUGCUCAAUAUCAUCAUAUUCACAUCAGCAUGUAUGCUUUUUAUCAUAUUAUAUAUUGUAAUUACUGCCAUAUAGGUUUCCUUAAAAGGUAGCACAUACAGGCCACAAAGCAAAACAUACUUCUCAACUUUUCUUUGCUAUAUUUCAAGAUGUUAAGCAAUUGUACUUUGCUGCACAGUGUUUAAAUGACUCAAAAAUGUCAGAUGCAAUUGCCGAAAAUAGCAUCCAGGAUUUGAACUUCACUUUCAAGAAAGUCAAUAUUUUUUAAGAUAUUAGAUAUCUUAAGCACUAGGAGGGAGUUUUAUGAAUUAUCAAAUAUUAAUAAUUCUUUUCUGCUAUAGUGGAGGGCUCUAUGUUGUUAGCUGCUGCAUUGGUGAAAGAGGCCUUAAUUUAUUUUGAUAUGCUACAUGUAAUAUUUUUGUUGCUUCCAAUGCAAAGGCAUAAGGCUUGA